CGUCACGUGACCCAGUUGUUUUACAUAACAGUUUUUUUUUUCUCCCUCUCUUUCCUCACCCCACUGAGAAUUUUAGAUGCGUUUCCUGAACUUGACCGCUAACAUUUCAGAGCAGUCUGUACUUCAGUGGAACCGGAGGCUGAAUGGCAGCCUCAGCACCGCGCUCUCAGGCUCCACUCAAUAGAUGAAGAAGCGGGAGACUUCCAGGAGACGCGCUCCGUAUGGGGACUGAGUGUGAGAGCAUGCUGCAUCUGGCAGCGGAAGCUUUCCAAGCGAACAACUUCGAGCUGGCGGCGGAUAUUUACGAGUGCCAGCUGGCGUGUGCCGGGGACCCUGGGAGCCGGCUGGAGCUGAUGGUGAAGCGGGCUGACGCGCUCGCCUUCGGGGGCAAAGUGGCGGAAGCUUUCGAGGUGUACCGACAAGCAUCCGAGAUAGACAAACUCAAACCCGCUCACCUGUCCAACCUCGUUGGGUACCUGUCGGACAGUAUCCGGAGACAGGACCGGGGUCGGAGUCAUGGCAGCCACUGGAGGACAGGCUGUGGGUCAGGUAGCGGGUUUGAGGACUUAUCCUGCGGGAUCUGUCUGAGCUUUCUGUUCGAGCCGGUGACUCUGCCGUGCGGACACUGCUUCUGUAAGAAGUGUCUGGAGAGGGAGAGAAAAGAGAAGGAGAGGCCGGUGGUAUGUAAGGAGUGCAGGGACAGCUCCAGGCUGGCCGACCUCCAGACUUACAGGGUGAACGUGGUGCUCAGCAGCUUGCUGGCCAAGUGGUUCCCCAGCUUCCAGCAGGCCGGCCGGCUGAGGCGGGAGGGGAACGGGCUGUACGCCGAGAGGAAGAUGGAAGCAGCGCUGGAGAAGUACAACCAAGCCAUACUGACAGCACCCACAGACCACAUCCUGUUCAGCAACCGCUCUCAGAUCCACUCCAGUCUGAAGCACCAUGACUGGGCUCUGAGGGACGCAGAGACGUCCUGCAGACUGAUGCCCUUCUGGUCCAAGGGUCAUGUUCGUAAGGCCCAAGCCUUGGUGUCAUUGGGCAGGACUGAUGAUGCUCUGAAGGAGUACCUGAUCUGUCUGUCCUUAGAGCCGGACUGUAGACUGGCUAAGGCUGAAGCUCACAGGCUUCUAAGUGACUUCCUGGCUCCAGUCACCGAUCAGGUUCCUGAACACAUCUCCGGCUGCACCAACUUCCUGUCUUCUAGAGCACACAUCAAAAGCAGCAUCACUGAACCCAUCCAGACCGUCAGUCCUGGGUCGCUGUUCACAGAGCUUCCUCAAUCAGCAGCUGGGAGGUCCGACAGGAGUCUCAGAAAAACCGACUCAAAUCUCCUUAAACGGAAACGAAGGGAUGUGGAAGAAGAGGGGGAACCACAGGAAGAAAUCGGCCACCAGAAGAAAUCCAAGUGUGAACAAACUCAGGGCCUGGAUUCUUUAGGUGCCGUGUCCAGUGACCUCUUGGACCCAACGGAUCUGGAGUGUUCCCUCUGUAUGAGGCUGUUCUACGAGCCGGUAACAACGCCAUGCGGGCACACUUUCUGUCUUCAGUGCCUGGAGAGAUGCCUGGACCACAACCCCAAGUGUCCACUGUGCAAAGAAGAGUUGUCUGAGUACUUGGUCCAGAGGCUGUAUUGUAAGACAGUAUUAAUAGAGAACCUGAUAUCGAAGUAUCUUCCCUCUGAGUUCAUUGAGAGACAGAAAAUGCAUGAGGAGGAGAUGGCUGAGCUCUCCAAUCUCAAUAAAAGCGUGCCUAUAUUCGUGUGCACCAUGGCCUUCCCCACCGUGCCGUGUCCCCUCCACAUCUUCGAGCCCUGCUACCGACUGAUGAUUCGCAGGUGCAUGGAGACGGGAACCAACUGCUUCGGCAUGUGUCUGGGAGACGACCUCAAAGGAUUCGUUGGCUACGGGUGUCUGCUGGAGAUCCGUGAUGUCAAGUUCUUCUCGGACGGCCGAUCAGUGGUGGACACAAUCGGCAGACGGAGGUUUAAAAUCAUGCAGCACCGCGAGAGGGACGGAUACAACACGGCAGAUGUAGAGUAUCUGGAGGAUGUGAAGGUGGAGGGCAUAGCAGAGCGUGAGCUGCAGUCGCUACAUGAUGCAGUGUACGACCAGGCUUUUGUCUGGGUCAAUUCUCUGAAAGCUGAGCAGAAGCAACGCAUCGAAGGACACUUUGGACCAAUGCCUAAGAAAGACCUUGAACUCCAGGCCAGCCCCAACGGCCCCUCCUGGUGCUGGUGGUUACUGGCUGUUCUCCCUUUAGAGGGCCGGGCCCAGCUGCCGUUCCUCGCCCUCACCUCCCUGAAAGAUCGCCUCAGCGGCAUCCGCAAGGUCCUGCUCUUCAUGUCGCAGAGCAGGCCCCGGUGACCUGACAAACGCCGUCAACAAGCUACGCACAAGCGCACAACACCCUCGCCCGAGAGCAGCUGACGACCAGUUCUUCCGUUUCUUCGCACAAAUAACAGCCACUGUUGCACUUCGACAGCAAACUUUAUAAAACAAGGAGUUUCUCGAUCGAAUAUCUUCCUCGUGCUACUUUCACUCGGCAGGAAAACGACGAAUGGCGGAGGACUCGCAGAGCUAUGUUUGGUGAAUAAACUGAAGUGUAUCGCAAUCAUGUUUUGCCACAAAGUUGCAGCUUAGCGUAACAUCGCUCACUCUGAUUUUCUCUCUGAAUCCUGUGAAAAGCCUCUGUGUCAUUUACAUCUGUCUUCGUUCCACUGAGUUUCUUCCUGUUCCUGCAGCAGUCUGUAGUUUAUUUGGAGCUCAGCAGGUAACAUCCCCCAAAUGGUCAAUCUGCUUUAAAGUGACACCAAAAGCAAUUCUUCCUUUUCAGAUAUGUUUGAAUUUGAAAUAAAGCGGUCGCUAAUCUGUUCAAAUGGAUAUAAAACUAAAGAAAAACAACUCGACAAUUUUUUUUGUGUGUAAAUGCAUUCAAGAAUUAUUUUUGAUAUCUCAAAUAGUAUUGCUAUAAUAACAAAAUAAACUUACCUUUUAAAACUACUUACUGUAGAACCCCAUGAAAUAGGUAAAAACUGGUUUGGGUUUUGACGGAAUUAUGAGUUUCAAAACCACAAUAUUGACUUUGAAGGUUUGGAAAUGAUAAGAAUGUGCUUUAUGACUUUGACUUUCAUAAGUACAAGGACUUUGAAACUCAUAUUUAUGACUUUUCAUCUCAAAAUUAUGCCUUACUAUUGUUUUAUUUUUCUUCCAAGUAG